CCACGAAAUCGCCCGCAGCCAGAAAGGCGAGCAAAAGUUUCACUUGGCCUCCCCCCCUCGAGUCCUCCGGCGAGUCUCUGCGGCGGCGGCGGCGGCGAUGGCUUCCUUCUCCGAGGCUCCCCCCGGGAACCCCGACGCCGGCGCCAAGAUCUUCAAGACCAAGUGCGCGCAGUGCCACACCGUCGACGCGGGCGCGGGCCACAAGCAAGGUCCAAACUUGCAUGGUCUGUUUGGGAGGCAGUCGGGCACCACCGCUGGUUACUCCUACUCUGCGGCAAACAAGAACAAGGCUGUGGAGUGGGAGGAGAACACUCUGUAUGACUACUUGCUUAAUCCCAAGAAGUACAUUCCUGGAACCAAGAUGGUCUUCCCUGGUCUGAAGAAGCCACAGGACCGUGCUGAUCUCAUUGCGUACCUGAAGAAAGCCACCUCCUCUUGAAAGGGCAUGAUGCUGUGAUCAUGUCAUUACGAGUGAAUUCAUUUUGCAGUAAAAUAAUAAGAUUAGACAUUAAUAGUCACUCUGGUUUAAUGGGGUGGGUGAUCCACGAGACAAUUAUCUUGCGAAUUUCGUUUUUAUGAUAUGGGUUUCAUAUCUCUAGGUUUAGUUGGUAAAAUCUUCGUCAAUCUUUUGAUUCAGUUGCUGGAAAAUCCCAGGACGCAUGUUUUGACCACCAGGUGGCGGUGGGACUGGAAUGCACACCCAUGUUGAUGAACAUGAGAUCUUUAAAAUUGAUAUAUAAAGCUUUCUGCCUGUGUUA